AUGAAUCAACCCAAUUUCACCUUCACCUGUAACUGUGGUCGAGGGUUUCAGCAGGAAAGCGGUUUCACAAGACACCAAAAAUCUUGUGUCAAGGGCAAAAAAUGCCUGUUCUCUGCUUUAAACAAGGCUAAAGAUCUUCUUGGGUCUGUCAAAAGGGCCCGCACAUGCCUUGGUAAUCAGGGAGGCUCAUCACAUCAUAUCUCUCCAACUACUCGGUCAACCUCUGUGGUCUUGGAUCUAGUCGCCAGGGAUGAUGCUUCUUCUAGGAUGGACACCAUCUCCAUCCCUGCCACUGCCGCAUUAACAGAGGAAGUCACUGCAUCUGCAUCCCUCAUUACUGAUAGUCAAGAGGAUUUGUAUUUGCCCUUAGCACAGUGUAGGACUAGACGCAACAAUUGUCCCAACCAGCCAUAUCAAUCAAUCUUCAAACUCUCCUCCUCAUCCCCCCCUCAUACUCAGCCCUCAGAAGCACUACUGCCUUUUCGCACCCCAAGAAACAUCUUUGGGCUUUUGCACAAGUUCUUCUCUCCAAAACCGCCAUCUCAUGAUCCUGAAGAAGUGGUCACACUGGAGGACGUCAGUGCCAUUCCCUGUAGCAGAAGGGAAAGACCUAUGGAUGACGCUCUAGAUGAAGCUUCUCCUUACUACCCAUACCCCAAUAAAUCAUCCUUGGAGCUAGGCGAUUGGUACUGGAAUAGGAGGGGUACAGAAGUCGCAGCAGAGCUUCAACUGACCUGA